AUACCGCUACUGGCAGAGAUGUUAUAUAGUUGUAUGCUUCUCUUACAGGGAAAAAAACUAAAUAAGAUAUUUAUUUCACAGUCAAACAUGAAAACUUCUAUAUGAUAAUAAAUGAAAUAUUAAUUAUUGCAUUGUAAUUAUAUCUUUGACACAUAUAAAUGCAGAAAUGACCUGGAUUUAAUAUUGAAAUAUUUUCUUAUUGAUAUAAUUUGAAUGGAUUAUUUCAAUGGAUUUUAAGUAAACGUCUUUUCUGCAAAGGAAAGAUAACUUAUAAAAGGAGUAAUGGGAAAUAAAUUUGUCACUUGUGAUUUACCGAUACCACAUAAAGGAAAACAGUUACAUACGUGUUUGACACAAGACCAAAUUUAUCUGGUACAGUCGUCAUGGGGUCUUAUUAAUUCUGACCUUCCAAGGCUCGGACUUAUUAUCUUUACAAGGUUCUUUGAGACAGAGCCGAAUAUGAAGUCCCUGUUUCCAAAAAUAGUUCAGAUGAACCAAGACAAUAAACUUGAGUGUAAUAUUGAUCGUGAUAUGUUACAAAAACAUGCGGUUACAGUGUUAGAAGGCCUUGGGGCAGCAGUAGAAAGCCUUGAUGAUUCUCAGUUUCUGAAUGGUGUCCUAAUUGCAAUUGGACAAACACAUGUACAACGAGAGGUUAAACCUCAAAUGCUCAAGAAACUCUGGCCGUCACUAAAUUACGGAUUACAGCAAGUACUGAAGGAACACUAUACAAAACAAGUGUCUGAAGCCUGGAAGAAAGUAUUUGAAUAUAUUUGUGCGUAUAUGAAACUUGGUAUGGAAAAUCCUGACUUAGACGCUGACAAUCAUGCAGAUAUCCAACGGGUAGCUUGAUCCAUGUAAUACAAAAUGAGUGGCUAAAGGGAACAAGAACUAAAAUGUGUAUUGCAGUUUGCCUUGUGUGGACUACCUUUAUGAUAGUAUAGAUAAAUGCUUCUGUAAUGACCGAUAUUUAAAGUAUAUUGAAAUGUUUGAACGGAGUAUAUCUAAUCCAUGAAAUAAUAAACAAGUGUGUUGUAUGUUGAAGAAUGGCUUUAGUGAAAACUAUUGAUGAGAUACAUUAAAAAGGUGGGGAAAAAACAGAAUAACCUUAUUCAGACCAAAUGAAGACAAAAUGUCAUAAUAUUUGAAUGAAUUUGAUGCCGUCAAAAAUAAAGAAUAUCUAGGCAUUAACCGAUGACUGAGCCAAGGACGUUAUGUUCGGGAUUUUCCAUUUCUUAGACUUAUUAGACAUGAACAUGUUGCAAUUAUUUUGCUCGGAGCAGGCAAUUUAAGUUUUUCAUACAUUUAACUUAGUCUGCCUGCUGAUACAUAUAUUUAACGGUGCUUAUAUUUUAUUUGCUGAACACAUGAAUAUCGUUUACAACUUUGUGUGGCUGAUGUCAUCGUCGGAUACCAACGAUAUGUCACAUAACAUGAAUGUUAAUGGUUCGGCCGUGGGAAUCCGACGAUGGGCGGAUGUUUAAAUGACAGACUACUUCUUACAAUAAUAAUGGCCAUAUAAAAGCUAACAUAAAUUAAGCAUUUUUGUCUCAAUGCUUUGCUAAACCAUGCAAAACGACUGUAAUUAUUUUCGUUUUACUUAUUAUCAAACCAUAUAGAUAUAGGUUAAUUUAAAUAAUACAUAAUAUUAUAUAAAGAGUAGUGACAAUGAUAUGCAAAGUUUCUUAAACAAUAAUGUUAGUGAAUUUUCAGGACUAGUUAGUCUGUCAUAAUAAUUUAAGUUGUAAACAUACACACAAUCACAUUUCUAUUUCGUAUGUUUCAGCUUGGAAAACAAAACUCAAAUAUAUGUAAAACGUUUGAUAUCAAAUUAGAUUACCGUAAAUGACUUACUUAUGGACUUAAGACAUAAAAUGUAUAUUAACAAUAACAAUGACAAUAGAUUUAUUUGGUUUUGGCUUCCGGCCCAUAUCACAAAACAUAUGUAUUACAAACAUGAACUGAUGGAUGUAGUGCCAGUGUACUUAUAGAUGAAAUACCAAUUGUACAAGUACUAGUAUAAAUGUAUAUAAAGUGACAGAAACCAAACUAUUUUAACAUAAAUGUAUGGUAUAUACCAUCUAGAAUGUGUGCAUACAUACAUAAUUAUAUAAACAAUUGCGACAUGAUUUCAUCUAUCAACCAUAUAUGUCAAACCCCCACAAUCUAGCAUGCAUUAGACAAUAAAAAAUGUUUAAAGGG